GUCAUGGAAAUUAAUAUAAAUAUUUCUAGUUAUGCUCUGCUCUAAAAUAAUUCACCGGCUAAAAAUGGUCGUUUUGAGUACAACUUCUUUAAAACGGGUUUUAAAAAUCCAUAUCUGCUAUACAAGAUAUACUGGAAAUGUCAUUAAAAUUGAUCAUGACUGGUCGAAAAGUUUAGGAACAGGGAACCUCUGUCACAAAGAUAGUUAUAGCCAAAACAGAUGGACAGAAUAAUAUAUACAAACAGUAUAUUUUCCCGAUAAUUUCGUGCGACAAAGCCAGGCUGUUGCCACGGCAACUGAAAACAAUAAACCGAAACUUCUUCAGCGCUGCAGACAGAAAUUCAAGUGCUUUAAUAGGCUUAAUUCAUGUAAAGAUUUGUUUCUAUUUUCACACUGUAAGCAUGAUUUCUCAAGACUCCCUGUUGAAGUACGAUAAUCCAGUGUUAGUGAGCAAGAAUACAGAGAGAAAAUCACCAAAGAGUCGCCCUUUAAAAGUGAUUCCUCAACAGAUGGCAGUCAGUGGUCCAGUCCCACCUCCACCCAAACCCAAGAGUCCCCCAGAAAAUGCCUACAAGCAACAAACUGAAGAGAUCCUAAAUGCCAUCCUACCACCAAAGGAAUGGAUUGAGGAAAACCAGUUAUGGGUGCAACCAGUAUCCAGUGCGCCAUGCACACGAAUGGAUGUUAUUAACUUGCAAAAAGAGCUGGAUCAAAAACUGCAGCAGAAGCAGGCCAGAGAGACAGGCAUUUGUCCAGUCCGUAGGGAGCUCUAUUCUCAGUGCUUCGAUGAGUUAAUCAGGCAGGUUACUAUUAACUGUGCUGAGAGAGGCCUUCUGCUGCUGCAAGUAAGGGAUGAGAUUCGCAUGACCAUCGCAGCCUAUCAAACACUGUACGAGAGUAGCGUGGCUUUCGGCAUGAGAAAAGCACUGCAGGGGGAGCAAGGAAAGUCUGACUUGGAGUACAGGAUUUUGGAGUUGGAGAGUGAGAAGCGGGAUUUGGAGAAGCAGGUGAAUGAGCAGAAGGCUAAAUGUGAGGCCAUCGAGAGACAGGAAGCCGAGCGGCAGGAAAUUGAGGAAAAGAAGCAUGCCGAAGAGGUCCAGUUCCUCAAACGAACCAAUCAGCAACUCAAGGCACAGCUGGAGAGCAUAAUUACCCUGAAAAAUAAAGCCUGAAUAUUAUUCAGAAAACUAUAUAAAUAUAUAUAUAUAUAUAAUAAUCUUUUUUCUUAUACAGUUUUAAUCAAUAAAAAGC